AUGCGUUUUCGUUUUAUGAAAAUUCAAGACCAAGCUCAACCAAGACCAGGAACGGAGCAUUCGUUUUAGAACAAUGACGUCACACACAGAACCUGGUCGUAAAUAUUCAGGACCGACCGGGGAAGCUGGUUCCAAUGCCUGGUCUUGAUUUGUAAACAACAAAAUUAACCUAAAAAUACAACUGAAGAAAUUUCGGAUAUGUUGUGAAAAAAAAAAUAAUAAUAAUGGAAGCUGUUAAAUUUAUAAUUAAAAAUAGAGAAGUAGGCAUACACGGCGAUAUAGAAACCUGUGUGUUGUUACUGACAGAUGAUGAAUACACCAUAGAUUAUAUCACUAGACUGAUGUUGGCAAAUAAACUCAUUGCCUUUGGAAUCACGGCUGAAGACAAUGGUAAAGUAGAUAUUAUGAGAAUGGAUGAUCAACCUUUUGCACCAGAGGCUGUGAAGAGAAUGGAAACUGCAUUUCAAAGUCAGACUCCCAACAACAGUGUAUUCGAUGACGAUACACAAGAAAAUCUGUCGGCAGAAAAUCUUCAAUGUUUUACUGAGAGUGAAAAUACUUUGGAAAAUUUGGAUACAAAUAAGGUAUGGGUACCACACAAAAAGAUGCCUAGAGACAUUGAAGCCACAACUGCUCUUCUCACAAUUAGAGGGCGAGAUGAAUUUCAAAAAAAAUUCAAAGACAAGAAACACCAAAAAAUUACUUUGUGGCGUCAGAUUGCCGAUGAAUUGAGAGAAUCAGGUUUUGAUAUAGGCCAGGGAAAAGAAGGAGCUGAGAAAUGUAGACAAAAAUUUUGUAACUUACAGAAAGUCUACAUUGCUUUCAGAGACAACAUGAAACAAACGGGUUCCAGUUUUCAAGAAAAGCCAGCAUUUUUUGAAGAAAUGCAUAAAAUUUUAGGGGAGAAGGAUAAGGUAAAGCCUCCUUUUCUGGUAGAUUCCUUAACUCCUGAACCUUUUGCUUUGCAUGAAGAGGUAGAGCAUGAACGAGAGCAUGAAAGAAGUGAUGAAAUUUCCAUUCCAGGUCCAAGCUCUCGGCAAUUCAAUAAUAUUCUAGUAUCCCCUAUACCUGGUUCUAGUUCUAUUCAGACUGGCAAGAUAAAUGCUUCAAAACCUAAAGAAAACCCAAAUUGGAAAUCGCCUUUGUUGGAAAUGAGUGCAGAGGGUUCUAAUUCUAGCUCUACUCUAUGUUCCGAUAAAGAUUCCUUUUUCACAUCAAAAAAAAUUGUUAAACCUGUACCUACCAAGCAUGCAAUAAUUAAAACAAUGGAGGAAUGUCACAAAUCUCAACUAACUCAACUCCGGGAUAUAACUAAUAUUAUAAAUGAAAACAUGACAAAACAAACUCAGUACCUACAGCAGCAAACAGAACAAAGAAACACAUUAAUCAAUGUCCUAAAAGACUUGUGCAAGAAGGAGGAGACUGGAAGAAAAAAGAGGAAAAGAAGAAGGUCCACUUCUUCUUCUUCUUCGGAGUAAUGUUCCAUGAUUGUCCUAGAUAAAUAUGACUCAUGUGUUAUUUGUUAUAAUGUAUUAUUCAUGAUAUUAUUAUUCUUUAUUGUUAUGUAAGAAAUUUUUCUUUGUUACGAAAGUUGAAAGUUAUUUACUAUUAAUUCUUUCAUUAUAAGGUUGGAGUUACCCUUUUUGUGAGAUCUAUGUUAUAAAUCAAAUAGGUAAGGUAGGGUAGGAUGUUAUUUGUUUUGUAGAGUUUAUAAGACUUAGUUUAUUUACUUCAACCCAACGUAAAUACUUGGGUCCUUAUUUAUGUUUGUAAGUUGUUCAUAUAUUUUUCUAUUUGUUUUUUCUUCUGUGGUUGAUGUUAGUGCAAUAAGGCAAGUUGACUGAUAGAUUAGCCUUUUAUGUUGGCUAUGAGAAAAAAAUGACUGAAUAGGUGUUUCCAGUAAAAAAAUUCAAUUAUUGGAUAGUCUUGUCUGUUUAGAUAGAGUAUGAAAAGAUCAUUGGUAUGAAAUUAAAAAAAUCUUUAUUGUUAUGUAAGAAAUUUUUCAUUGUUACCAAAGUUGGAAGUUAUUUGCUAUUAAUUCAUUCAUUUAUUUAUAUUAUUAUAGUAAUAAGGAUUUUUGUCUUCCAUAAGAAAUUUGUGAGAUUUAUGUUAUAAACCAAAUAGAUAGGGAUAUGUUUUUGUUUUGAAGAGUUUGUAAGACUAAUAAUUUGUAAGUUGCUAAUAUAUUUUUGUAUUUUUUUUUUCUGUGAUUGAUGUAGUGCAAGAAGGUAAGUUCACUAAUAAGUUAGCCUUUUAUACUGGUUGUGAGAAAAAAAUGACUGUAUAGGUAUUUUCAGUAAGAAACUUCAUUUAUUGGAUCAUCUAGUCUGCUUAAUGCUUAGACAGAGUAUGAAAUAAAAUAAGGUUUUCAAUUAUUGAUGCAUUAUUUAUUCCUUAUAUACAUGGGGCUUUUUUAACAAAUCCUGUCUCUUAUUCCGUCCCUCUUUCUUUUUGCAAGAAUUUGGUCCUCUCCAUAGUAUUGAUGUCCUCCCAAUGAAAGUCCAUCAUCCAUCAGUCCAUUAUCGUCAGCUUCCAGAUUAAACAAAUCAUUAUGGACCAAGCAAAAAUUAUGUAGUAUACAACAAACAGUUAUAAUUUGUACUGCUCUUUCAAUACUAUUUACAUUAAUAUAUUUUAAAAUUCUCCACCGUCCUUUCAAAAAUGCGAAAGUGUGCUCGAUAACCACUCUCGUCUGACUCAAUUUAAAAUUGUGGGUUUUGUCUUUUCUAGUGGUCCUCUUGGAUUCUUCAUAAGGCUUCAUUAGCCAAUUCAACAAAAUAUAUGCGGAGUCCCCAACUAUGUGAUACUUUUCAUCCGUGAAAAAUGUCUUUGAACUAUGUUCAUUAAUCUUCUUGUAUAAUGUAGAAUUUUUAAAAAC